AUGUCAUUGAUGCCGUAUUGGAUUCGACAUCUGAGGAAUGUGGCGUCCAGGGAUCCUAUGAUCAGGGCCUUCGAAGAUCCUUUUGGUGUGUUUUCAAGAGACCCAUUUUUUCGAGACCCGAUGAAGUACAUGAAGUCUAUUACAUCUCCUAUAGACCAUGUCGAAGGUGUAUAUUCGGACUCGGAAAUCAAAGUUGACUCGAAGAAAGUUGAAGUUCAUCUGGAUGUACGCAAUUUCACUCCGGAACAGAUAAGUGUGAAGACUGUGGGUAAUGAGGUUACGGUGGAGGGAAUGAAGGAGAUCAAGAGGGACAGUGGUUGGACCAAAAGUCACUUUGAGAGAAGAUUCCUCUUGCCUGAUGGCUUCCCUCCAGAACGUGUUGAGUGUCAUCUUGAUAAAGGAAAAUUAGUUCUGGUGGCGUUCAGAUCUGAACCUAUAAACGAGCGUGUAAUUCCAAUCCAGGAAAAAAGCAGCGGAGAAACAACUAAGGAUGCCACUGAAAACAUAGCAAAGGAAGAGAAAGCAUAA